GGCGUUUUUAGCAACCUCUGCACGUCUGGCCUGAUUUUGCAAAUCGGUUCUUCUCGCCUCUUUUUCUUUUUUUUUUUUUUCCUCCCCCAGAGCCUUGGAAAGGCCGUUCCGUCCCGCGAGGGAAACAGAGCCGUUGACUAUGGUUGCAACCGGCAGUUUGAACAGUAAGAACCCGGCCAGCAUUUCAGAGUUGCUGGACUGUGGCUACCACCCAGGAAGCCUGCUGAGUGAUUUUGAUUACUGGGAUUAUGUUGUUCCUGAACCCAAUCUCAAUGAGGUGGUAUUUGAGGAGACUACCUGCCAGAAUUUGGUUAAAAUGCUGGAGAACUGUCUAUCCAAAUCAAAACAGACCAAACUCGGCUGCUCCAAGGUCCUUGUUCCUGAGAAACUGACCCAGAGGAUCGCUCAGGAUGUCCUGCGCCUCUCCUCCACAGAGCCCUGUGGCCUCCGAGGGUGUGUAAUGCAUGUGAACCUGGAAGUUGAAAGUGUGUGUAAGAAGUUGGAUAGGAUUGUGUGUGAUUCUAGCGUGGUGCCUACGUUUGAGCUGACCCUUGUGUUUAAGCAGGAAAAUUGCUCGUGGACUAGCUUUAGGGAUUUUUUCUUCAGUAGAGGUCGCUUCUCAUCUGGACUUAAGCGAACUUUGAUCCUCAGCUCCGGAUUUCGACUUGUUAAAAAAAAGCUUUACUCACUGAUUGGAACGACAGUCAUUGAAGAGUGCUAACGAGGAUUGGUUUUUAAAGCUCUUUAUGACUGGGUAAUAAAACUAUGCAGCUAAGUUAAGUCAAAACCCUUUGUAGCUUUCCCUGCCUGGCCUAAAAAAAAAA